GUCACAUGGCAUGAUCCUAAAUCAUAAAAAUUAAAAGUGUAACAAAUUACUCUACCGUAUGCGUUCAAUCUUACGCACGAUGGACGAUAGACGAUCUCUCUUUGUCACGAUUUCAAACCAUGGUCUCCGUAAAAGAAAUACGAAUAGAUUAUGAUGUGCAGUGCCGCAAAACCUAACUCUUUUCAUAAUUUUUUAACGACAAACUUCUACAAGAGGGAAAAAUCAACAAAUAAAAUCCUUCGAUACAAUGAAACCCAUCUCCGUAAGCAGUAUCAUGGGAGGAAGCAAGAGCACAGCCUCCUGCGAAGAAUCUUUGACUCCGUCAUUCGACGAAAGUGUCGUGCUAAUAGAAACUACAAAACAAGACCAUCGCAACGACCAAAGUGGCAUCAUCGACUUCCUUCGAAUUCCUCCGGACGCUAAAUUCGUAGUGGAUCAAAUAGAGUUUCCUUGUCACAUGGAAUUGUUAUCUAAACGAGCCACCAUUCUCCAUGACAUCUUAUUGAUUCAUGGAGCACAAGAACAAGUCGCCAAGAAACAGCGAACUCAAGUGCAACGAAAAGAUAAUGAUCGAAGUUCAUCGACAUUACUGAGGUCAUCUCCGUCAUCUAUCAUCAUGGUGGCGGAACUGAAAGUAGACCUGAAAAUCUUUCGAGCCGUACUGGAAUUUCUGUACUCAAACGAACUUUCGUCUGAUCUGUACUGGGACGACAAACAGUAUGAAUCGCCCUUAGUAUCCGAUGACGACUAUAUUAAAUCAAAUGAAAGGGAAGAAAAUUCCCAACAUAUCUACCGCGCUAUGAGAUUCCUCCAAAGACUAUUGGUCGCUGCCGAUCAGUUUGGCAUUGUCCCGCUGAAACACGAAAUCGAAUUCAAACUCUACGACGAAUUUUUGUUUUCCUUCACUGCGCCUGAACUGUACGUCUGGGCAGAUUCUAAGUCGUGUGCAUUUUUAAAAGAGAAAGCGAUGGAUCGAAUUUGCAAUAAGAGCAGCUCUAUCGAUGACAUUGUGCUAGCAAAAGAUGGUUGGAGAAUGAUCCGUGAAUCUAACUUUCUCUUGGAAGAAUUGUUUUUAUAUGCAAGAGAGGAGUGCCAUUCCAUCCGUUACUUCAAAUACGAUGGUUCCACUCUAAAUCACGAGAGCAGGGAGCAAAAUUACUACAAGGUCGAAUAUUUGCGAUUGCGCUUGUCUGACCUGGGGUUGGACAUCGAUGGGAAUCGCGAAAUGCUAGAGGAACGCCUAAGGCCCCAUCUUGCUAUCGAACACCGCCAUUUUCUCCCAACGACAUUGACGAAGCUUUCUUCAUUGGAGAAUCGAGAGAAUCGAAAUUUAACUCAAAAAUCAUCCGAAUAAUCUUAAUUCGUUUGUAGCAGCUUUCUAUUGUAUGGUUGGAGCGGACAAUUAUGUAAUGAAAGAGUAAAGAUACGAGUAAUUCGUAACAAAUAUGUAAAAUUUUA